CGCGAAGAUCUCCCUCUCUGUUCCCCUAAAUUCAAGGUUUCUCUCAAUCUUCUUCUCACUCUCCUUCUCUUCCUCCCCGACGUCCCUCUUCCUAGUUCUCCUCCGCUUCCUCCUCCCCUUCUUCCCGCCACCCCUACUACCGGGUCAUGCACCGUCUUUGCGGCCCUCUCGCCUGACCUCGUCAUCCCCAAAGUCCGCAUACCCCAGAGAACCCCAGAUCAGUCGGUUCUCUUACCCCCACCUGAAAACCUCCUCCCCACCACGACCACCAUGUCCCUCUUCUCCUACGUCGCCUCGGGCAUCAGCUCCUUCGUCGUCUUCACGCUCUCUCUCUUCGCCCUCGGCCAAAAAGUUCCCCGCGCUGCCUUCGUCGCCCGGUGUCUCGCCGCCUAUGGCUCCCUCCUCCUCUGCGCCACCUACGGCGUCGUCGCCUCAAUUGUGCUCCGUAUCGCCGGCUACGGCCGCAUCUCGCAAUAUGCCACCGCGCGCAGUUUCAAGUGGGUCAUGCGCUACACCACCGGCGUGACUUUCAACAUCAUUGAAGGCGCUGAACACCUGAACACCCGACCCGCCGUGUUCAUCGCAAACCACCAGUCCGAACUGGACGUGCUCAUGCUCGGCUACAUCUUCCCUCCGUACUGCAGUGUCACGGCCAAGAAGUCUCUCAAAUAUAUUCCCUUCCUCGGCUGGUUCAUGUCCCUCUCUCGCACCGUCUUCAUUGAUCGUGCCAACCGCGAAACGGCCGUCAAGGCCUUUGAUAGUGCUGCCGAUGAGAUGCGCAAUCAUCGCCAGAGUGUCUUCAUCUUCGCCGAGGGCACGCGCAGCUACUCUGAUACCCCGGAACUGUUGCCUUUCAAGAAGGGCGCGUUCCAUCUUGCGCUGAAGGCGGGUGUACCGAUUGUGCCCGUGGUUACGGAGAAUUACUCCCAUGUGCUGUCCCCCCGCAAGAUGAGGUUCGAGCCGGGCACGAUCAAGAUCAAGGUCCUCCCCCCAAUCAGCACGGAAGGUCUCACGGCCGCCGAUAUCGACGCUCUGACCAAGUCCACGCGCGAGUCCAUGCUCAAGACCCUACUCGAGUUGGCCGACAAGGACAAGCAGGAGGUGGAGUCGACGGUUGCCGCGAACGGCAAGUCCACUGCUGUGGAGCUGUAGGGAGAACAAAGAGAUCAACUUUUUCAGGCUGACUAUUGUUAUUCCCGUCAUCUACGAUUACACGACACGAGUAAUGCUUGAAUUGGCGAGACAGGAGAGAGUGUGUGGGUGGAUACCCCGACUGGUUAAGGUAGCAACAACAACUGCUGACGGGGCGAGAUAACAGACUGGAGGAACAUAAAUCCAGUAGAAAGAAAGACGCAGCGGGGGGUAAAGCAAAGACCUUGUCUUGGAGUUUGUCUGGCCAUCCAUUGCAUGACGCGGCCCAUGGGUUUCUUUCCUAGAGUGUAUAUAGAGCAUAUUCCU